GUGCUGCGGUGAGACGGGUGACGUCAGUUCGCUGUUCUUGCAGAUGAGAACGUGCCCGUCCGUCGAGAGGAGAAGCAGCGAACACGCUCGCGCAUAGAACCGUAGCCGAUUCAGACAGGGCACAGUGGCGCCGGUACUUUGCUCAUAGACGCUUAAAAUAACACUUAACCGCCGAUGCAAAGGCUCGGCGAGUAGGCGGCUAGGCUGGCUUCACCCGACACCACGAGAGCAACCGGGACACGCCGGUGACCGGAGCUGUCCGGUACCUGCGUGCAUGCGGACAUGUCCUCAGCAAUUACGAACGAUGAGUAUCAGCGGUGGGUGCCCACUCAUGUGCAGGUGACAGUGCUUCGGGCCCGUGGAUUGCGCGCGAAGGGCAAGCAUGGCACCAACGACGCCUAUGUUAUCAUUCAGGUGGGCAAGGAAAAGUACUCCACGUGUGUUAUGGAGAAGACCAUGAAUCCGGAGUGGGGAGAGGAAUGCACGUUUGAGCUCCAGCCGGGGGUGCUCGAGCCAGGCGGACGCGACGUCUGUCCUCCCGGGAGCUGCGAUCUCACUCUCACGGCCAUGCACCGGGCGCUCAUCGGUCUGGAUGUCUUUCUCGGGCAAGCAGUAAUUCCCCUGGAUAAGGCUUUCCAGGAUCGAAUAUCCAUGAAAAAAGAAUGGCACCGUCUGCACUCCAAGACUGGCAAGAAGGAGAAGGAGCGAGGGGAGGUGCAGGUGUCCGUGCAGUUCACGCGGCACAACAUGACGGCCAGCAUGUACGACCUGUCCAUGAAGGACAAGCCCCACUCGGCCUUCGGCAAGCUCAAGGAGCGCAUCCGAGGCACGAAGCACCUCGGCGACGAGGACUCGGCCUCCGCCAUCAUCCCCGGGGGCUACGGGGUGCUGGCCAGGAUGCGGGGCCGGUUGCCGAGCGACGGCGGCGGGGAGGAGUACUACGAGGACGACGAGGGCGGCGAGGCGCGGCGGAGCAAGAUGAGGAACUUCUUCCUGCGGGGCCGCCUGCGCAAGUCGUCGGACACGCGCUCCAGCACGUCGCUCGGCUCGGAGAGCAGCGAGUCGUCGUCGCGCGGCGGGAGCCUGAGCCCCACUGCCGGGAUCAGCGUCGUCGUGUCGGACCUGUCCAACUCGCCCAGCAACAGCAGCAACCUCACAGCGGACAACAGCCCAGACCACACAGUCGCCCCCUCACCCCAAGUCUCCCCACACAAGCAUAUCUAUGACGACGAAGUGUGUGAGAUCUCCAUCCCCGUACCCCAGUCUUUCACGUACGACAGCCUAAUCACCGAAAUGGUGUCCUCUACUCCGUCAUCCACCGCCGUGGCCAACGGUCAUCCAGUCAAGCAUGCCCCAGCUUCCCACACCCCCAAACCGAAACCUCAGCCUGCGGCCCCCUCCAAGCAGGGGGGCGAGCUGGCCGCCCCCAAAGCCUUGUCCCUGUCCCCUGCUCUUGGUUCCCGGCAGAAGGCCUCGGCCAUGUCGCUGUCCCUCCAGAAUCUCUCGGUGUCGCACCGCGCGGAGGAACCACACCCGGGGCCCGGGGACGGCCGCCGCUGGUCGCUGGACAGAGCCGGGGAGGAGGAGCGGGCCGCCAUUUCAGCGGCGAUCGAGAACGCCGGGAAGCUGGAGGAGGAGGAGAGGAGGGCGGCCCAGUUCAAGAAGGAAGCCACCCCGGCAGUCACUGCGGCCGACGGCGAGGUCAAGAAGCAGAAUGGGGUUUUUUCUCAUGGGAGGAGCGAAUCGACAGGCAAGGUGGCGACCGCGGGCAAGGGUGACACAGCUUCGGCCCCUUCGGAAGGGAAGCAUAAAGGAUGGUUUGGCUCGAAGGACUCUCACAACAAGCCCAGCCCUGUACCUUCCAAUUUGCUCUCUGGGUCCUCCCGCCUCCUCGAAUCCCAUGUCACAGAAGAGGCCCCUCCAGGAGACGUUAAUGGAAUGGCCCGUCUACCUCAGGGAGUGACUGACGUAGCAAACGAAGGAGUGCAUUUUAACCCGUUUGUUUCUGACAUGGAUGGGACCCAGGCAUGGAAGUCUGAGGACCCAUCUCAGACACCCGAGUUUCCUGACCCCUCAAUACAAACAAACCCCCCAAACAUGGAAAUGGACACUAAUUUUACUGCUCUGACUAACACUAACACACUUAACACUCAGGACCUCUUACAGCUAAGCCCUAAUGAAUCGCAGAGCUCUUUACCUGAGAAUUUGAGUAUGGAGUUCACUAGGAUGCACAACUUAGCCUGCCCUUAUCCAGGACUGUUACUGCACCAGAUGGACACUCCGAGCCGCUCCGAAACAUCCCUGAAUGAGACCUCCCACGGCCAAAUGCCUCUUGGCAGUGUCUCAAAUUCACAGCUGGCUGGCUCUACCACCACCUGGGUAAGACUAGCAGGCCAGUCUGUGGAAAUGUCUGGAACUGCUGAAGGAGUUGCCUCUCAGUCUACAGAGCUGGAGUCAGCCGUUUCACCUCUCGAUAUUGAUGUUAACGGGAGAGAGGCUGACCUUGGAGCGGUGCUCUCUCCAAGUGCUGGUGCUGAAGUGACGGAGAUGAUGCUCGCUCCCUCCAAGGAGCCAUGGGUGUCUGCAUACAGGGAGAUGAGCUCAGAUGACACACUGGAAGCCUCCACUAUCGUGUCUUACUCUCCGGGACGGGAGUUGGACCUUCCUGCUGGUGACCCUUUGCCAAUCGGUCUUGAGAGCUCACAUCAGGAGCCUAGAGGGGAGCAAGACAAAGAAAAGGACAAAAAAGGAAUGGGUGACUUAGAAGUGAAGGAACCUACUGUAGAUGCGGCUGAUGUGGUGGUCUUAACUGACUCGGACACUGCAACAAAACAGGGAGUUGACUCCAGGGUAGUGAGUGAGUGUGCGGGUUUUGGCUGGGAGAGUGUGGAGCCCUCUGUGGGGAGUUCAGUACAGACGUCGAACAGAACAGGCCCUGAAAGUGUAUCCUCAGGCAACCAUAUUUUGGAUCAUUCCCUCGAGGCUGAGAGCCCUUUUUCCGGCUCGCUCAUCUGCAUCAUGGCCUCCUCGCCUGGCGAAGGCCUUAUCUCCUCAGAGUCAUGCUUCGCCGAUGACUCAGCUGUACUGAGUCCCACAAGAGUUUUACAGGACAUGUCCCCAGACGACAAGCAUUUACCUACCAGCCUUCGUACAGGCGAGCUAGAGACACUACAUCAUAAGGUCUUGGAGAGCCCUGUCAGCCUUCUGUCCUCUGCUAGCCUUAGCUCAAAUGAUAAUGCUAACAGCACUGUUAACCCAUUUGUUAGCGCUGAUUCAGAUGCAUAUGUUAGCCCGCUUGUGAGCAUGGGCCCUGAUGAUGGCCAUAUUACUAGCAAUCCCUUUUUCAGCCUAGCCACUGACCGUGUUUGUGCUUCUAGCCACAAUAGUAGCAUUAGCCCCAAUAAAGAUCUGCUGCUCGCUCCUCAGUCAACUCGGUUUCUCGGUAGCCUCCUCUAUGAAAGUGCUGAAUCUGAGUGUUACCACACCUGCAGUUCGCAUCAGCGUCAUCGGUCUCUUUGUUCACAGCGUUCACUGCCAUUAAUAACAGCAAAGGACCCUAUGCAACAGCUGAUAGCAUUUUAUGAUCUCGCUGUGAAUACCCAGCCCUUACAAGACCCCUGUCAAAACACUAGGCAAAUACAUGACCCCAAAGUAGAUGAUGUGUCCCAGUUUAACCUCUCGCCCUUGUCUGCACUAGCUAGUGACCUCCAAAUGAAAUCAACAGUGCACAGAGAUGUGAGCUCUCCUCUCUCUUUGCCAACAAAUGGCAUUACACAAGAAGCCAUUCCAAAUCAAAAUUCAUCACUAUUGAUACAGAGGGGCAAUUUUGUAGAGAACUUUGUGGCAAAAGAAGACCCCUUACCUGACGUUCUUUGGAUGAGUAAUCUGAAAGACAAGGCUAUGUCAGAACAGUGGUCUUCACCACCACCUAUGUUGGCGUGUGAUCGAACUGCUGAAUCCAUGCCAAAUUAUGAAUUCACAGAGGGAGUGGUGCCCAAUUUUGACGUGACCCAGAAAGACAUGCCAAAGUCUGUCCUAUUGCAAGAGGUGCCAGCAACCAAAGAUAUUGAGAUUAAUCCUUUUGUUGAUGGUAAAGUUGACAUUUUUCCAAGAGAUUCAGUCUCUAGAUCUCCUUUUACAACGGAAAGUGAAGUUCAGGACUUGAGUAAAUUCCCUGUUGAUUGGGCCGAAUUGAAGUGGGCAGCAGUGGGUAGCACUGGGGUAAAAAAGGAAGUGAUGUCUGAAGCAGGGGCCUCCCUUUUGAAUGAGACUUGGGCAUCUGCUCCAUCUUGGUUGACCCCGGUGACUUCUGAGGACCAAAAUGACCGUAACACCCUCCCAUGGGUCGUAUUUGACCAAUCACUACAUGGCCUGAGCGGAGGUGUGUCUGAUGGAACCCUCCCUUCUUCGUCCAUAUCUCAGGAUUUGGUCGUCACACACUUACACCCUCAGUGCCCUCAAACAGACACACAAGCUAGUCUUAAAAGUAGUCAGGAGCAACUUGACCUCUUCGGAAGCACUGUAGACCCUUUUCAUGGGUUUCCUGGAAUCACAGACCCCUUUAAUGGUGACCCCUUCCAUUCAGUAGCAUCUGUCUUUGAUAGCAGUCAGCCAAAGCCAUACAAAAUGGACUCCACAAAACGUGCGGAAAAAGCAAUGCCAACCGUGAAGACGGCCCCCAAACUGUCCCUCAGACCUGAGCUACAGCUACUAUCACCUCUUGCUUCCUCUACUCCUGCCGCAGACCCCUUUCCCUUGUCUUUUCCUGCCGGCCCCUCUGCUCUGGCGAUCCCAUCAUGUCCUUCCCCCAUUUCCAGUGAUUUGAUGAGUGCCUCACAAGCAGCCUUUCCCCAGGAGCAUCAACAGGCAUCCAAUCAGAUCGCCAGUCCACACCCUGUGAAGCCACUGACUCCACCAGGAGAAGAGAAGAAGUCUGAAAGUCGCUCAGUGCUUGAGAAGCUCAAGUCCACCAUCAAUCCAGGCCGCAGUCAGUCAGAAACCGACAAGAAGACUCUGGUGGUGGAAGGGGGCGGCUCCUACUACCACCUGAACCACAGUGAGCUGGUCUCACUGCUGCUUCAGAGGGAGGUGGACCUGCAGCGAGAGCGGGCCGAGUUUGAACGGCGGGGGGCGUUGCUGGAGAAGCGUGAGGCGGAGCUCCGCAAGAACAAGCUGAUGAUCCGCGACUUGGAGGACUACAUCGACAGGCUGCUCGUCCGCAUCAUGGCCGAGAAACCCACGCUGCUUCAGGUCAGCCGUACCAAACUCAAAUGAAAGGAGGGAUGAGAAAAAAAAAACUCCCACCCCAGUGUAGCCUGAUGUCUGCCUGAUGAAGCGUUCAUCUGAAUCUCUCAGCAGAUCCCUGGAUAAAUAGCAUCUGCUGCACCGCUCCAAAAAGUUGGCUGCAUUUGCAUAGAGCUCUGCCCUACUCCCCUCCCUCCCCCCACCCCUCCCCCCAAGUGUUUGCUGACUUCCUCACAUCAAUGGGCACAGCCGUGAGGUUACCGAGUUAGCAUGCUUAUGUAUACCCCAAAAACACAUACAUACUCACCUGUGUUCAGUGACAGGGAGGUGGUGGUGGGUUCUCAGGUAACAGGCGAUGUAUGUGUGAGUGGAGAGGGUAUUGGUGUGCCUGUCCCUUCAUGCACUCUGAUUGGGGCAAACUGUGUCUCAGCCUGACUUUGAUUAGAGCAUCUCUGCCCCUCCCUUGUGCUGAUUGGACUGUCUAAAUCUCCAUAGGGCGGCCUCGCCCACAGCUGUAAACCAAAUCCAGGGCCACUCACACACGUGCACUGUCUUUAAACACACACACAAACACAAACAUAAACACAAAUCAAACAUGAACCAGGCAAUGGGGGUGGAGUGUUCUCUGACGUCUUAAAAUGUCCAAUUUUUAUUUUUAAGCUGUCAUGUUGCCAAGGCAUCUGUCAUUGCAAAAGCUUUGCUCUGCUGCUCUAACACCGCUGACCCUGAACUGAGUAAAGAGGAAGGCGUUAAGGGAAAAAUCUGUACUGAGUACAGCAUAGAGAAAAGGGGAUAGGAUUAGUGUGUGUGUGUGUGUGGUGUGUGAGGGAGAAUGAAUGCACACGAAUAAGAUUGCCAAAUAAAUGAAUAAUAUUGCAUUCAUUGAUUGCUGCUCUUGCACGCUUUAAGCAAAGGAAAAAUCUAACCUGCUGGCACUUAAGACCCCUGCACACACUCGUGCAUCUGUAUCCACAUCCUCUUCCUCUCACUCUCUCUCUCUCUCUCUCUCUCAUCCUCUUCCUCUCACUCUUUCUCUCUCUCUCUCAUAUUCUUUCUCUCUCCCGCUCUCUCUCUCCCCCCCCCCCCCUCUCAUCUCCCCUCCUUUCCCCCAAUGCUUAUUUGGGCUGAUUGGACUCUCAGCUGUAGCGCCCUCUGCUGUCCAUCUGCUUGUCUGUCACUCCCACCCAGCAUGCUGACUCUGGCUCGGAUCUGGCUGUGAUCUGGCCCCGACCCGGCAGCACCAGUGUGUGCAUGGUCGGAUCUGGCCCUGGAGUCGCCCGCCAUGGCUGGGGGAUGGAGGGAAGGGGGGGGGGGUCGGCGGAGAAUCACGCCUCUGUAAAGAAAAUGCCAAUUGCUGCCUUACUGUACUUGUACCGUUCGUUUCUCAGUCCACCACUCGAUCAGCACGGUAGAGAUAACUGCGAAUCGGCUGAAAUUUGGGACGAGGCUCACACCCCAAAAGCCUGUCCCUGUGACUGUUAAAGAUUAACAAGCAUACGCUCGUGGAAGGGGGGAGAGAGGGGGGGCAGAUACAGCCUUAGAAAAGAUAAGAGGGAGGAGAACAUCACAAACUAAGAGGUGGAUGACCGAGAAAUACCAAAUAAAUGAUUUAUUCUUAAAGAAAGACUUAAGUCGAUUAUUUGCGCGUAGUGCAGUGUGGGGACUUUUAAGUCGUUCACCUCGAAAUUAUUUUUAAAUGCAGUCACUGUUGCAGUGUACAGAUGAUACUGUGUUUUAUUUCUAAUGUUACUCCAUGCUUCUCUGAAUACUAGUCUGAUGUUAGCUGGUAGAGCUGUGUGGUAGAGGUCCGCUGUAUUGUCUCACCUCACUGCAGAGAUGAGCAGGCCCAGGCCGAGAUCUGAUUUGACGGCUAACUUGGUGUCACCGUGGACAGCCAAUCAGUCACAAGCUGAUCUUCCCAAGACAUUUGUGAACAAUAGAUGUUGUGAGUGAGAGUCUCUUCCUUAAGUUAUUUUCUUGAGGUACUCUUGGCUGAGAAUAUAUGGGGCCUGUUCAAAAAAAAGCUUUGUCAAGUCAUCACAAUGUGGCUGAUAGUUAGUGGUGUAGUUGUCUCUCACUGGCCGCCUGCUCUGUAGUGUUGCUUGUGAACGUGCCCUCACCGAAGGGCCAAACACUCGCUGAGGCAGAGCUUUGGAAGCUAGACUUCCUGUAGCAAACACCUACUUCCUAUUUGCACAGGUCCACCACUCAGCUAGAAAAUUCAGUCUUAUGCGUCUCAGUAAUCAUUUAAUAUGUAUUACAUGUGAACUAGCACUAACACAAGUAAUAAAUAAAUAAUACCGUCUUCCCUUUUCAAAUGUUUUUUAGUUUCACUGAUUGUGUUGGUUAUCUGAUUGUAGUGUGUGGCCCGUGGAUUGUUCAGGUUUAAGAUGGAGAAAAGUUUACAGCUUUUAAUAAUAAUAUAAUAAUUCAUUCUCAUCUGAGUUUAUAUAUUGAAUAAAAACACUUCUGUUAUGUUCUGUUCUGUUCACUUCUGUUCUGUGUUUUGAAUUUUUUUUUCCAUUUCCAUUUUGGUAUUUUCAUGAAUUGAGAGACUGCGCUAGCCUUGGUGAAAGGAUCCCAUUGUGAUUUGGAUCCUGAGUUUUUGGUGAUUCAGAAAUGGGUGUCAAUUGGAUGCAACUAGACGGACCUGCAGCUCAAAUUCAAAUUUCAAACAGGUCCGUCUGGGGUUCACCCCGGCUAAGAAUGUACAGGAGGUUCUGAUCAUUUAACAUGUUAAACUUAAUUAAAUAUAUUUUGGGAAUUGUUCAGAUUCAGAUUGUUGUUUAGUUCCUUUGUUUUGCACAUAUUGUCUAUGGAUUGCAGAGAUAUUGCUUAUUUCUACAUUAAUAAAUACCACUGGGAAAUAAAGCAAGAUUUUUUUUUGCAGGUGCAGAAUUAUAGUAAAAUGAAGCUAAUAUUCAUUUUGCAAGUAAUAUGCAAAGAAAGUUAUAGUUGUAUACAGUAAGAAAGUAUGUUUUGAUCUAAUUGUCAAGGUUCUCCCCAGGGGAACAAAAAUGUACUGUAUGGGAACAAGGUUCCAUCUGUGAUGUUAUCUGAAUGUUUUGGUGAGUUGAAUAUUUCUCACAAUGAGCACAUUUUCUUUUGAAAUUGUGUAAGAUUAAAGGGUUUAUGGGUAACUAACCAGUGUUUCACAAGGCGUGUGGUUGAUGCGGUUCUUUUGUAUUUCAUCAGAACGCACAAAAGCAAAAUUCAGUAAUACAUGAUCUCUUAUGUCGGUAUGUACUUAAGCCAUUCUUCAGGCUGAAACAAAAAAUAAUCAUAUGGCCAACCUAGCUCUCCUCUAACACUCUAUACCUCUUCUUUUUCUAUCGUUUCUCUCUUUUCUUCUCUCACAUCGCUCAUCAUGUCUUUCUUCUUCUCUCCAUUGCCUCUCCUGUGCCCUCUGGUCUUCUAACCUCUUUAGGCCUGUUGUUGACAUGCUCACUUUCUAGGAUGUCUGUAUGCUCAUGAACAGUAUAAAAUGGGGAGUGACGAGAACGGCGAGGGAAAUGCUGUGACUUGUUGGAUGUAGCUUCUAUCUGCCUUUCUAGUAGAAUGUAUAGCUCUUUUGGUUGUGCAGUGUACUCCUCCAUCUCACUGGAGGCUGAACGGGUUUUGUGUGUGCAAGCACACACACACCACAUAUUCACACCUACAGUCAAACACAAAAUGAGUCUGCUGACUGACCAGUUGUUUUGGCAGAUGUGUCAAACUUUGAUUUGUGUCAAUGAUAUGAGCACUUGGUCUGCCAUGUACACAUAUUUAAUAAAAAAAAUGGCUAAAAUUAUUUUCUAUUGUACUUUCCUUUUUGCUUUUGCUUGUAUGUACUGUAAAGAUAGUUUUAACUGUCUGCACAAUGGUUUUAAAUCAUCUUGGUUCUCCCAAAACAGCCUACAUUUUAAAGCAAAUCUGUAUGUAUGAGAGAAACUUAGGGUAAAAUGAAAGUAGAGUUCACAUGCAUAGUUCUUAAAUAUGAAAUUAAUUUCCUCUGUAGCUUUCUCAUUACGUCUAAGGCAAAAAUCCUAUUUGAGAUUGUCUUUGAUUAAAUGAAGUGAAUUACGUGCUCUACUCUCAUUCUACUGUGGUCAAUAAAGCCUGCCCUUUCGCCAAUAAUGUGUGUUUGAGUGACCACCUUCAUAUACACAGGAAAGUAUCAGGCUUGAGUCCUUUAACUGGUUACUGUGGGUUUGCUCACCUCAUCACUGUUUCAGAUGCCUGUUUUUAAUCUACUUUAAAUCACUUUUGUGUUUUAUUUUAGUUUGGGCAUUUUGAAACGUUAUAAUUACUUAAUUAAUCAAGCCCGCUCAGAGCUGGAGAUGUCUGUGGUGUUGUGGAAUUUAUUUUAAAAUGUCUGAAUCGGACAACAGAUAUGCUCAAUCCUGCACAGAGAAUUCCUGUAUAGGAAACAAACACUAUUGGCUACAUUUGGCAGUGGAGUCUGUUGAUGUUUUAGGUCAAAGACUGUGUGUGCUGAUCUGUUUGAAUGCACCUCCCACACAAACUUUGUGAUUAAAUAAAUACUUUUCACUUUCGAAA